AUGGCUACAGACAAGAUCACCUUUUUGACCAACUGGCACGCGACCCCGUACCACGCCCCCCUUUACCUCGCCCAGGCUAGAGGUUACUUCAAGGAUGAAGGCCUCAAGGUGGCUCUGCUCGAGCCUAAUGACCCUUCCGAUGUGACCGAGAUCAUCGGCAGUGGCAAGGUCGACAUGGGCUUCAAGGCUAUGAUCCACACCUUGGCAGCCAAGGCCCGCAACUUCCCGGUGACCUCCAUCGGCUCCCUCCUCGAUGAGCCUUUCACCGGAGUCGUGUACCUCAAGUCCAGCGGAAUCACCGAGGACUUCCGUUCGCUGAAAGGCAAGCGAAUCGGCUAUGUUGGCGAGUUUGGCAAGAUUCAAAUCGACGAACUCACCAAGUACUACGGCAUGACCGCAGACGACUACACAGCCGUCCGGUGCGGUAUGAACGUAACCAAAGCCAUAAUCCAAGGCGAAAUCGACGCCGGCAUCGGCCUGGAGAACGUCCAAAUGGUCGAACUGGAAGAAUGGCUCGCCACCCAAAACCGCGACCGCAGCGAAGUGCAAAUGCUCCGCAUCGACCAGCUCGCCGAACUAGGCUGCUGCUGCUUCUGUUCGAUCCUGUAUAUCGCGAAUGAUGCAUUCAUAGCCGCGAACCCGGACAAGAUCGCUGCGUUCAUGCGCGCCGUGAAACGCGCCACUGAUGCCGUCCUGGCGGAUCCUGCUGCCGCGUACCAGGAGUACAUUGAGGUCAAGCCGAUUAUGGCGACGCCGGUGAAUCGGAAGAUCUUUGAGCGCUCAUUUGCGUACUUCUCGCGUGACUUGAAGAACGUUCAGCGGGAUUGGACUAAGGUUACCAAUUAUGGAAAGAGAUUGGGGAUUCUCGAUGAGGAGUUUGAGGCCAAUUAUACUAAUCAGUAUCUUUCUUGGUCUCUGGAUGCAGACUCGACUGAUCCCACUGGUGACCAGAAGCGCAUGGCUGCGCUGCAGAAGGAGGUUGCUGCCGAUGGCGGUUAUAAGCGGCUCGAGGUUCAGGCUUCUGCUUAG